AUGAACAGAUCUCCAGUCGAACUGUCGCCGCAAGGCCCUGCAAACGUUACCCGCGUAAGGAAACGAACGGAGGCCCUGUUUUGCACCCAGAUCCCCGAGGUCGACCUGGACGCGUGGUUCAAGCUAGACAGGAUCGAGGCGUAUAAGGAUGGAGAGGCGGUGAUGAGCCUUUUGUUCUCUCUGACUCCUUGUUUCUUCGGACAUUCUCACACUCAUGUGGGUGUCCGGAAGCAGCGGCGAACUAUGGUGCCUCUCUGCGCCCUCCGCCGGCCUCUACUCGCGGGUGAUCACGUGCAAGCCUUCUUCGCGAAGAGCACCAAGAGGUCCUCUCAAAUGCAAGCCUCUGAAAGGGAAGAGUCAGAAGGUCCGUCGGCCGCCAGCACUGCGAGGAAGGGCGAGUGGGUCAACGCGCUGGUUCUGCAGCCACCAGCAAUCCACCUCUCCGCGCAUGCCACAACGUUUCACAUUCUCUUGGAGGAAGAGCGAGAACCUGGUCGGGGCCGGCGGUAUGACAUGAUGCUGUCACAGCUGCAGCGCCGUUACCUGCAGGGCGACCAGGCCUUUUGGCGUUUAAGUCGAGUCUAA